AAGAGAUCUCGCAAAAGCAGUGCCAUCUCUUGGGGAUGUUGCAUGUUACCUUCUGCUGAGAAUUUACUACACCUGAGAGGAAGCAUGAGUAAAUGCAGCUCCAUGAACCAGUUGGUGCUUUGAGAACAGAUACAGAUCAUAGGUUGUGCCUGAGAAGAACAAGUCCAGAAUACGAGCCAUUAAACGGAGAUGAAAUUGCUGAAAACAGGCAGUGGAUCUGUCUGGGUUUACGAGGACAUCCCUAUCGAAUUAGAUUGGCCUUCUGCCUUGGGGCACGCAGACUUCCUCCACGUCAGAUCUGGCAGUGCAGGCACAGACCAAAGGGCACAGAGCUUUCACCGUGACCGUGGCUUUAGCCUCGGGCAGGGGAUACACCCAUAAUGGCCAGUGGCAUUGCACUGUGUAUCUACGGGGAGGUGACAGCAGAGCCUAGAGUCCAUGGUGAGAGAGCAGGCCUCUCUCUGCCGGUGACUGGCUGUGGAUUUAUGGAGGCGCCGGGGAGCAGCUUUGAGUAUUGCCACGCGCAACAUUGUGCCCCCUGAAGACGGGUCUCUGCCGGCUCGGCUGCCCCUGGGUCUGCACCCUCGGGUUUAACCAUUCAAAUCUCCCGUGCAUGGCUCUCGCAGCCAAGGGAUUUCUGCUGGCUGCUGCCAAAGCCUGAUCCACUUCGGGCCUCCGUCACUGCUCCCAAGUACUCCACCUAUCCAGAUGGGGUAACGUGACGGAGCGAAACGGGCACACGAGGAGGUUCCCCGAUGCAGAGGCCUUUCUAGAGAGGAGAGCCAGGAAACAGGCUGGCACAGGAAGGAAAGAGGGUGGCGGCUCCGGAUUGCACACCCAAAGGAGACUGACACUACAAAGGGAGAUUAUUAUUUUUUAUUAUUAUUAUUUGGCUGCAAGCACAUGGUUUUUUGUGUGUGUUGGGGAUCUAACACACUCUCAAGAGCUGGCAAUAUUUGCACAACACUUGUGUUUUUUAAAUUACCUUUUCUCCUCCAAAACUCCAGAGUGGUUUUUGGGGUUUUGGGGGUUUUUUUUACUUCUCGUCCUUCUUUCGUCGUAUUUACAUCUCUCUCCCUUCACCAUGGCCCGUAUGAACCGGCCAGCACCUGUGGAGGUCUGCUACAAAAACAUGCGGUUCUUGAUUACCCACAACCCCACCAAUGCCACGCUCAGCACCUUCAUAGAGGAUCUGAAGAAGUACGGCGCCACGACAGUCGUGCGGGUGUGCGAAGUGACCUAUGACAAGACUCCCCUGGAGAAGGACGGCAUCACAGUUAUGGACUGGCCCUUUGAUGACGGCGCUCCUCCUCCCAGCAAAAUAGUGGAAGACUGGCUCAACUUGCUGAAAACAAAGUUUUGUGAAGACCCCGGCUGCUGCGUGGCAGUUCAUUGUGUGGCUGGCCUGGGCCGAGCGCCUGUUCUCGUAGCCCUGGCUCUGAUCGAGAGCGGGAUGAAGUAUGAAGACGCCAUUCAGUUCAUCCGACAGAAGCGCCGAGGAGCUAUCAACAGCAAGCAACUCAUGUACUUGGAAAAAUACCGGCCAAAGCAGAGACUCCGAUUCAAGGACCCUCACAACCACAAGAACAAAUGCUGCAUCAUGUAACCUCAGCAACCUCUUGCCAAAACACACGCGCAGACACACACACGUGGGCACGCGGGGUCGGACGGUGGCAGGGAGCUCGGACAAAGUAGCACUGAUCUUUCCUUGGUAUUGAAGCACUCUCCCCUUAAAGAAUUCCUGCCCCCGUGGCCCGCUAAGGCCGAGGAGGGAAGGUGGUUGGGCAUCUGACUCCUGAUUUUAAUGGACAAAUAAUUCGCCCAUCAUUCUUUCCACCACAAAAAUCUCCCUUCCGCCUCCUCGCCCCUUGCCCCGCAGGCAGGUGUAACGUGAGUUGAUCUGAACUCCAUGCACCGAGAACGAAAAGCAUCGUAAGCCUGAACCCAGCAGCAGGAAGGGAUCAGUCCAUGCUGCGCUGCCCGGGGAGGGGGGUUAUGCUGAGAACUUGCCUGCUGCCUGACAUGUGACAGCUGCAGUCUGACCCGGUGACAGCUUCGCAUCGGGCCAGCGCCUUCCACUGGGUCUGCCAGAUCGGGGGUUAAGCCAUGUUCAGGGGUUGGGUUUUGGCGCCAAUCACCGGCAUUCUUCCCCCUCCCUGUUCCCUGGGCUGCUUUUCAUUGGGGCAGCCACGUUCCAUGUGCCGGCGGGGCCUGUAGGUUUAUUUCUUGAAUGGGCUUCGGUGGAGUUGGCUCCAGUCAGUCCCUCGGGGCAGGGUGUUGCUCUGUGACUGAGUUCCAGCCUGCGCUGAAUAUCCCCUAUCCCGCGGGAUCUUAACUCUCCGACAGAGAACCUGGUUCGAUCAGAUUUCAGAGGUUCUCUUCCCCCUCCCGGCUCCCUCCCUCCUCUGCCUGAGAAGAACCUGGCUCUAAAAUUCCUUUUCUCCUUCUGAAAUCAAGCGGUCUGCAUUUCGGGCAGUGGGCUGUACCCUGGGGCGAGGAGGAGAUAGGGCCAGUAAAGGUCUCUUCGCCGGGAGGAGAGGGGCCCAGCAGGGGUGGGUGCUAGCCAGAUGUUGGACAGGUGCAUCCUAAAGUAUAUUCACAACUGACAAAUAGACUCCAAAACCCUGUUGGUGCCGGGGUUGACAGGGAGGGGGAAGAGGCAGCCAGACAACCUGAUGUCGCAGAGGUGACGUGUGCACGUGAACUGGGAGAGUGCCAAGUUUUAGCCUCGUUCUUGGCUGGUGGGAGUUUCCCGUCUGGUUCCGCAUCAGUGUAACUUGCCAGGAUCUGCUUGUUCCACCUUGCUAGCUGCCAUCUCGCUGGAGGACUGAGCAGCUUCCUACACCGAGUGAACCCUGGGGGAGCACAGGGACGUGCUAUUUCUCUUGGGAUGUGUGGUCUUUUUCCCUCUGGUCGGGUCCAGUCUCGCCCUUAGCACAGCAUGUUCUGCAGCAGCAUCCUACGUAGGCAGACAGCCCUCUGUGAUGACCCUCCGACGAUGGCCCAUUGCUGGGAUUAGAUACCCCUGUGCUGGGGGAGGGGGUGCAUCGUGCAAGGGGCUAAGAGAUGUUGGGGGUUCUCCUAAGGACGGCAGCUGCUGCUGAAACCUUGGGCUCGUUGGCACCCGUGGCCUGGCAUGUGGGUGAAGUGGUGACUCCCGGAGAAUCUGGCUUAUGCCCAGAACUUGCAGCCUCCUAGGGGACCCGGGGCUUGGGCCUCUGCUGCCUCUGUUCUGUCUUCCCCCUUCCUCCCGCCGACUGGAGUUCAGGGGAGACCUGCCACUCACACUGCUCCUGGAUGGCAGGCGUCAGCGCGCACCUCUGCCGGGCCCCAGUCCCGUCUCUCUGCGAGCAGGCUCCCCCUGUCAGGCAUUCAAAGCAGAGGUGGGCCCAGCAAGUCCUCUUCCCAGCCCACCUCUACCACGGCCGUGCAGCCGGGAGUAAAGGGGGCGCCCUCCGGUCUAGAAAGAGCCGCUGGUGCCCAAAGAACACCAAGCACGCCCAGGGCCUGCUCCAGAGUCCCUCUCCACAGUGCCUGGCUGGGGAAUCUCCACACCAGCGCAGGGCCAUUGGCUCUCCACACACCCUGCAAUCGUAGCGCAGACACGCCGGAGCGUGGGGGUGUAAACAAUGGCGAUAAAUACCUCAUAAGCACAGCGGGGUGCGCGGAGGGGGCGGCUCGCCAGUGGCAGAGGCGACAUAUUAUCGCCGCACCCGGCCCAAUAUGCUUUUUAAAAUGGGCUUUCGGCUCGCAAGCACGGGAGGAAAUUCAAAUUAACAAUGGGACGUACUUGCCUUGCUCAGAUCCUCUGGCCUGUCCCAGCAUCCUAGGGCGGGAAGAGACCUCAGGAGUCAUGGAGUCCAGCCUCCUGCCCAAAGCAGGACCAACCCCAACUCAAUCAAUCCAGCCAGGGCUUGGUCAAGCUUUCUUCCCAAGUGCCGCAGGGCGGCGCGGCUCGUCUGUGGAGGAACGGGGGCUGGAAGUCCCCACGAAGGGAAAGGGGAAUAUAAACUUCCCCUUCCUGAGCAGAACACAAAGAAAUUAUGAUAGAUGAUCCUCAGCCCAGUGCAAAACCUGCCUUCCAGGAAGCCACCCCAAGUGGUUCAUGCGUCUGGCAUCCACAACUGAAAAGAGCACCUGGGCGUGGGACCUGCUCAUCUGGAGAAACACAAAGCCCUGCAUGGAAAGGACUGGGCCUCUCGGUGUCAUUUGUCACUGUAACACGUCGUCAUCACGUCUCCAGUGAACGUCCUGUGAGGAUCGUCACUGGGGACCGCAGAUGCUGAUUUCAUCUACUCCUGGUCAAUAGAAACAAAGGGCAGAUCCUGUCAGAGUGGAUGGGCCCAGAUGAUCAACAAUGCUGCGCCAUCUUGAGCGCCUCCAUUUGGGGGG